AUGCCCGAGCUAGGAAGUACCCAUGCCAUAGCAUUGCGCAGGUUUCUUAAUCUUGAAAAGAAGUUACAAGCUGACCCAUAUCUCCGUGUGAAAGACAUUGAUUUCAUGGCAGAUUAUCAGAAGCUGGGUCACAUGUCCCCAUGCCACCCGAGUACUUUUGCUCAUAAACCUCACUUCUAUAUCCCUCAUCAUGGCAUCUUUAAGUCGGGAUCAGACAAGCUACGCACUGUUUUUGAUGGUAGCUGUAAAAGCUCAAAUGGUGUCAGCCUAAAUGAUUGUUUACACACUGGUCCAGCUCUUCAACAGGACAUCGUCGAUAUUAUCUUGUCGUUUAGAACUCAUCCCGUAGUUUUCAGCACUGACAUUUGUAUGAUGUUCAGAAACAUACUCAUACGUCCCGAUCAGAGGCGUUACCAGCUCAUUCUCUGGCGCUCUUCGCCAGAUCAGCCCCUGCUUACAUAUGCCUUAAACACUGUUACAUACGGGUUAAGAUCAAGCCCAUAUCAUGCUAUACGCACUUUAAUCCAAUUAGCGGAUGAUGAAGGUCAUCGCUAUCCUGCAGCUGCUCAAGUGCUGCGCAAGUCCAUAUUCGUCUGUGAUAUGCGGUUCCAUUCUGUCUGCACUUCAACAGGG